GUGAGUGCAGGGCAGGAAUGUGUUGGGUCGCAUCCAGCAGCAUCUUUGGAGCCAGUGGAGUGAGCAUGGAGCAGGAGAGAUUCAAUGCGGAAACAGCCUGGCCUGAUCAAUGCCAGGCAGAUUCAAUCAGAGCUGGAUACUGUAAAUGCAAGAGUUUCACUUCUUUUAACCCUCUAUGUUACUUUGGGACUCUAGAGGACACAGAGCCAAGGUUGGAAACUUAGGUCAUCAUAUUUGGACGUAACGCAGAUGUAUUACACAGUUGAGAAAAUCUCAAUUGAGUCGUGCAACGUUGGAAUCAAUCAACCAGAGGAUGGGGAGAAGAGCGGCUGACCUGACCACUCCAGUUCCCGUUUUGGGUGUCCCAGCCUUGAUAGGAGCGCCUGGUUGGAGAACAACAGAGGGCGACACAUCCGUAGGAGCACUACUGCAAACGUGGGGUCUUCAGCGCUGCAGUGUUGCUGUUCAGACGUCCCCAGGGAUACGCCGGGCACCUAUCCAGCGUUGUGCACAGCUCACGGAUAAACUCCACACGCGAUCAAUUCACAAUGCCCAAGCAUCCAAGAGCUACAUUACAAAGGACUACAAAGAGAUACUACUGCUAACAAAGGGUGACAAGGAAGAAUGGGCAAAGAGUGUGGACUCCAAGAGUAAAAAGGAAGUGACUUUCCAAGCACUUGUAGGGGAGGCCUUAGGGGAUAUUGUGUGCAGUCAAGAUAACAGUUCUUGCUUUUCCAGAACAAUCGAGACUAACCCACAUUUUGCAGGAACUGUAACCAAUGUGGGCCCAAAACUAAAACCGACAGUGCGCUACACCAACGGUAGUGUGGUUGAUUCCGAAGCAAUAGGUGGCAUUAGUAUCGAAAAUGGUGAAACUACCCCAACUCACGGAGCAGACCAAACAAGAGUACACAGCCAUUAUAGAAAGCAGUCUAGAAAGAUGCUGCUGUUUUCCGCUCCUCGAUAUUUGAGUGCAUCACAACAAAUAUGCAACCACUGUGGGGGGAGACAGUCCUUAACAGCAGGAGUUGAGAUUUCAGGGAAGAAAAGUGUAACUGCUCCUGUUUGCCAAGCAGAGAUACAUUUUAAGUCAGCCCAUGACUUGCUCUCGGCCGGCAAACAUCUUAUUCAGUUACCAUAUGAGACAAACAUCCAACCAAGCAACCAUCAACCCUGUGAGAGGGCCACCCACAUAGACAAAGAGACAAGCCAUCCACAAGUAUUACAUCUUGAAGAAGAAGUAUUAAGACAUAGAAAAACACGGCACCCUGCGUGCCCGGUCCAUUCAAAUAAUGGCCACUUUUUGUCGGAGAGACAUGCCAUGGAAUCAACCCAACCACAAACCAUGCAUGCAGAUGCAAUCACUAAAGCCACUAUUAAAACAAACGAAAAUCAAAGUCUAGAAUCGUUGCCUCUUGACAGCAAAACCCCCAAAACAGGAAGUCUCCCUUCAACUCCUCUUAUGGCCACAGCAACCAAAUCAAACUACCCACACUCACAGGCUAAUACUAAACACAUCCAUGAAUCCGGUGUCUUGCAAAAUGUGUGUGUGUCCAUUCAUGCGACUCAAGAAAAGACUCCUAAUUUUUACACAACAGCAACAGGAAACUUGCACGGUGUUAGCAUCCCUAAAACUGUUCAAACUUUUGCUAGUGCCCUCAUGUCCACAGAAGGAAAUUGUCAACAUGAAAACACAACUCCGAACCUGGCUCAUGCAGCACGAGAAAAAAACCCUAAAUAUUGCUCACAAGGGUCACUUCAAUAUCCCACCAGAUUUUUAGAACUUAAUGAAUCUAAAUUAGGUCCAUCGCAUACCUUGUCUGAUUUAACUCAUACACUGCAAGAAAAAUUAAGUUCUUACAGCACUGUUGUCCAAAAUAGUCCUGGUAUACUUGAUGUGGAUUCCAAUGGAACAAAUACAAGUAGCAAACAUAAUCCUAAACGUUUGGACGCAAAAAUUCAGCCAGGCUCCUCAAAUUCUGAAUUAACACUAAAAACAGCAUCACUAAGUGCACUAUCUUGUGUAACCCUUGAUUCUAAAUCUGGGAUGUCAGCUCCCAUCUCUACAACUACUAAUUAUGCUUUGUACAGAAACACAGCCCUGAGGAGCUCUUCAUCUCUUCAUCCUCUAUCUACACUGAAAGAAAAGCAAAACAACUCUCAUGCAUCAUGCAAUUCUUUACUUAAAAUGAGCAACAUGUCACAUGAAUCUUCACUUCUUCACAAUGCAUCGCCAAAAAAGCCUUGGCACACACAGGCAACUGACAUCAUAACUAGUGAACCUGCUUUACGUGUUUUUCCUAGUUGGAAAAACAUGUCAGAAACAGCUCAGAUUGCAUUGUCCAGCCUGUCAAACAUGUCCAAACAUCAUAACAAAAGCAGUCAUCUGUCAAAUGUGAUACAAAACCAUCAGACAAACAGUUUAAACAGUGAACUGCCUGCUGACGCAAAGCUAUUGAAUGGUGAUCGGGGUAAUGAAAUUGUUUGGAGUGAUUCAAAAAAUCAUCCAGGCAUAUCACAGGUGACGAACCUGCAAACUAGGAUACGCACACUUAAGUCAAACAGCUCUCAGCUGCAGGGUUGUAGUAAGAUAAAACAACAAAUGGAUGCACAAUAUCAAGGAAGCAUGAUAAACGAACAUGAGGGACAGUGUGCUACAUACCCACCAGGAAUAACAGCCCAGCAGAUGGAUUCAAAUACAAAACAGUUUGCCUUGGGCAUAUCACCCAUGCAUGCAAGGACUGAGCCUGAAUCCAAAGCAGAUAAACAGAAGCAUCCAAAUGAUCCAGCAGUCUCUGUCACAGCAAAGAGGAGUUAUGAGCCCAUUCUUGCAAAACAGGCAAUCACAGGUGCACAUGAUGGCCGAUCUGAGUCCAACACAUCAUCGGUACAAGAACCUCACGCAGGCCCAAAGUUAUCUUUAAUUGCAGCAGGACUCUGCUGCAGUGAAGGGGAACUUGCUUCCCUUCAAUGCAGUGAGGAUGAGGCAAUCCUGAGCCGGGAUUCAGAAUGCAGCCCUGCUGCCCCCAAGCUGGACCCAGAGGGCGCCAUCUUGACUCAUUCCCACCCGACUGAAGCAGCCAUGUUGCUGCCUGCUUCCCCACAGUGCAGUAAAUCAGCAUCCAUACAGCAGAGGCUUGAUAGUGUGGAGGCCAGUCUGGCAGCCAACAAGGACAGGAUUACUACCUUGUUACACAUCAUCCAUGACCUGGAGGCCAGCCACAGUACUGCCAAUGGAAGGCGAUGCUUCAAGACAGGACAGGAUCUAAAAAACUGUUCAACUUGCCAAAAGACUGCCUGUAUUGUCUACAGCGUGGAGUACGACUUCAGACAGCAGGAAAGGUGCUUCUUGGAGGUUGUAAAUCAUCAUUCAGCGAGAGGAAAUGAGGCGUACCACGAGCCCCAAAAUGCUUCCCUAAAGUUCAGUUUGCUCAAAAAAGCCAUGAAGAAUGUGAGAAAGUCCAAGAAGAAAAGUAAAAAGCUGUACAAGAUUCUUUUGAAGUGGCUGCCAAGAAAACUCCAGCAUGUUUAGAAUUGUUUACAGUUGCAGUGAUGUUUUAGUGAUCUUUCCCUGUAGAAGGAUUUCAACUUUUACCUGGAUUUUGUAAUUCAAGUUUUUUCUAAACUGCACUUCCUGGGGGAUUCUGCCCAUUAUCCACCAUCCUUAUGUGAGACAAAAACACACAUACUGUAUCUUUCUCUUUUCUGUGAAUUCUAAAUGGGGAAAACUGCAACAGUACAACAGCCUAUAUUGCCCUCUAAAAAUGCACUAACAUGCACUAACUAGUAUAUAUGUAAUUUGGUAACUGGAUCAAUCAUUAUAUCAUGUAAUAUUUACAGUAUUUUGGUCAUCAAAAGCUUUACUGGAACUUAUUUCCUUGGUGGAUUGAUAUGACAGCGCGCAUUGCAACAAAAUUCAGACUAGCUCUCAUUCCUCUGAUAAAAAAACACUUCCGAGCAAAGUUGCGGUAAUACAAUGCUGUGUUCCAUUUGUUGAGAGCCAUAUAGGAUCAAGAUGGUAGCAGGUGGAUUUUCAAAGUUGACCAACUUCCCGGCUUGGUGCCACAACCGUCUACUAUUCAGGUGAGAUGCAUGAUUUAUGAUCGAGCAUUAGCUUUUAUUGACUCAAAGGCAAGUUUUUUGUUUCAUAGUGGGUCGGAACCAAUGUUAUACCGUAGCUUUGUUACAUGUAGGUCAGAGCAUGUAAAUUGAGCGUUGUAGGCUUUGUUCAAUGUUUUUUUUUUAUACGCGGAAUAGAUCAAUUGUAAUUUCUAGACAGCCACCUUGUUCUAGCGGCUUUACUUUUUAAAACCCCCAAAAAGGAACUGUGUUUUUGUCUCACAUUUUGUGGAUUGUGGAUGAUGGACAACAUUCCAAAAAACAUGCAGUUUUCCUUCAAGAGGUUGUUGCUGUUGUUUAAGUUCAUUUCAAACAUGUAUACAGUCACAAUAUGGUACAUCACCAUCCAUUCAUUUUCUACCGCUUAUUACCUUUGGGGGCGCUGGUGCCUAUCUCAGCUACAAUUGGGUGGAAGGCGGCGUACACCCUGGACAAGUCGCCAUCUCAUUGCAGAUGAUACAUCACAUAUUUCCAUUUUCUCAUCACGACAUGUCCAAAAAGGAGCAGAUAUAGGAGUAGGUCUUCUUUUUACUCAAAUGGUAAAAUAUAGCAUUUUUAGCACAUAGAGUACUCUAUUUGUGGAGUGGCCGUAAGAAACAAAAAAAUCUAAAUAAACCAGUUAGUCCUAAUAAUAACAGUAAUUCCCAUUAAAUUAUUCAUUUGGACCCCCACCAAAAAACUUGAAGCUACCUAGGCCCUCACGCAUGAACACAUUAUAAUGGCACUGCCAGAUUGUUGUUACGAAGACGUACAGUAGAUGGUAUUAAUAACUCAUACGCACCUGAGGCCUCAUCCAUUAAGAGUUGCAUGGAUUUCCUACUAAUAAUAGACGUACAUUCAAAUCCAGAAAAAAAAAGAUUUUCAAAUCACAAGUUUUAAAGUGUGCACAUGCACAAAUCUAACCACAUUUCUUUGUUACAUCGCAAUCAACGUGGAAUUGAUCCCAGAUGUCUGCUUGGUUGGGCACACCCAGACCAUGCCUCCUUAUAAAUAUGGAAAUUGUAUUGAAAUAAGCCAGGAUUCAGAGAGUAGUUGGUGCUUCUUUGUCCGUGUUUUAAGAGGGUUGAGAUUGUGGGAAUGCUGUGCGCUUCAAAAUUUGCACCCAGGCGAUAAAAUAAAUAAUUAAUGGUCGAGCUUCAGAAAGAAGGUGAAGAAGAAGAUGGGCGUGCAUGGUCAAAAAGACAGACGCUGCAAUGAUACGUAAAACUUUAGAUAAGGUCAGUGACUCUAAAUUACCCUCAAUAUAAAUAUGACAUGUGUAACUUGCAUCAAAAUGUGUUCCUAAAGUCAGAUUAGUUUCAUGUGAGUUUUAUGUCAUAUUUGGUUUGCAAUAAUUUAAAUUUAAACACGCCAGCACAUCAAAAAGGAUUCAAAAGACUUUGACUCUCGUUUCAUUGCUCAAUAUAUUAUUACAACCCAGGAGAGCUUCUUACUACAGCAGCCGUACGUGACACACAGGCGGAUAAUUUCUCCAUGUUGCAACCACCGCCCACUAUUGUCUGCUUGACUGGCCAAGUACAUGUGCUAGAGUCACAGAAACACAUCGUGACAGCAAUAGGUGGCAAAAGUAUUGUUUAGAUCAGGGGUCACCAACGCAGUGCUCGCGAGCACCAAGUAGCCCGUAAGGACCAGAUGAGUAGCCCGCUGGCCUGUUCUAAAAAUAGCUCAAAUAGCAGCAUUUACCAGUGAGCUGCCUCUAUUUUUUUAAAUUGUAUUUAUUUACUAGCAAGCCGGUCUCGCUUUGCUCGACAUUUUUGAUUCUAAGAGAGACAAAACUCAAAUAGAAUUUGAAAAUCCAAGAAAAUGUUUUAAAGACUUGGUCUUCACUUGUUUAAAUAAAUUCAUUUAUUUUUUUACUUUGCUUAUUAUAACUUUUAGAAAGACAAUUUUAGAGGAAAAAUACAACCUUAUAUACCUUUUUACCUUUUAAAUUCCUUCCUCUUCUUUCCUGACAAUUUAAAUCAAUUUUCAAGUAUUUUUUUUUUCAUUUUAUUGUAAAAAUAAUAAAUACAUUUUAAUUUAAUUCAUCUAUUUAGCUUCUGUUUUUUCGACGAAGAACAUUUGUGAAAUAUUUCUUUAAACUUGUUAUGAUUAAAAUUCCCCAAAAAUCUUCUGGCAAAUCUAGAAAAUCUGUAGAAUCAAAUUUAAAUCUUAUUUCAAAGUCUUUUGAAUUUCUUUUAAAUUUUUUGCUCUGGAAAAUCUAGAAGAAAUAAUGAUUCGUCUUUGUUAGACAUAUAGCUUGGUCCAAUUUGUUAUAUAUUCUAACAAAGUGCAGAUUAGAUUUAACCUAUUUAAAACAUGUCAAAAAAAUUCUAAAAUUAAUCUUAAUCAGGAAAAAUUACUAAUGAUGUUCCAUAAAUUCUUUUUUUAAUCUUUUCAAAACGAUUCGAAUUAGCUAGUUUUUCUCUUUUUUUCGGUUGAAUAUUGAAUUGUUAAGAGAAUUGAAGAUAAACUAUGUUUCAAAAUUUAAUUUUCAUUUUUUUCGUGUUUUCUCCUCUUUUAAACCGUUCAAUUAAGUGUUUUUUUCAUCAUUUAUUCCCUACAAAAAACCUUCCGUAGAAGGAAAAAAAAUGUACGACGAAAUGACAGACAGAAAUACCCUUUUUUUUGUUUAAUAUUUAUCUGUUUCUAUAUAUAUUUAUUGUGAGAAAUCAAUAAGAUGAUCAGUGUUUCCACAAAGAUAAAUAUCAUUAAUUAACAAUAACAGAGUUAAAGGUAAAUUGAGCAAAUUGGCUAUUUCUAGCAAUUUAUUUAAGUGUGUAUCAAACUGGUAGCCCUUCGCAUUAAUCAGUACUCAAGAAGUAGCUCUUGGUUUCAAAAAGGUUGGUGACCCCUGGUUUAGAUAAAGAAUAUACACCCUCACAAAUACUAUGAUGCAUUAAAUGCAUUGGCCAAAAAUGAAUUCUGUGUCCUUUCCUCAAUUUGUUUACAUUCUCGAAAUCAUGUUAUAUGUUGGCAAAGCCCGAAGGACCACCUGUGUGUCACCAAAGUAUCCACGGCCUGUAGAAAUCUGGCGUGAGGCACCACACAUUUCCAUGCUCAUUUCAGUCUUGAUACAUCUGAACUCAGCUACAAUCGGGCGGAAGGCGGGGUACACCCUGGACAAGUCGCCACCUCAUCGCAGGGCCAACACAGAUAGACAGACAACAUUCACACUCACAUUCACACACUAGGGCCAAUUUUAGUGUUGCCAAUCAACCUAUCCCCAGGUGCAUGUCUUUUUGAGGUGGGAGGAAGCCGGAGUACCCGGAGGGAACCCACGCAGUCAAGGGGAGAACAUGCAAACUCCACACAGAAAGAUCCCGAGCCUGGAUUUGAACCCAGGACUGCAGGACCUUCGUAUUGUGAGGCAGACGCACUAACCCCUCUGCCACUGAGAUAGGCGCCAGUGCCCCCCGCGACCCCAAAAGGGAAUAAGCGGUAGAAAAUGGAUGGAUGGAUGGAUACAUCUGAACUUUGUCGUGAAAAAGGGCGUACGGCAGGUUUUGCUGCGCACGCAAGAUGUGGAACCUGGUCUGCUCAUUGUCAUUACAGUUGGGGAACUUCCAAAUGUGUCUUUUUGUUGUUGUUACAAAUGUAACUACUUAUCCUAAUCUUAUUGGAAACUUUUGGAGAUUUUAACAAAAGAGCUUGGCUCACUCUUCCCAAAAAAGCAGCAGGUGCAGGUGUCUUAGCCUCACAUAUCCAAAAGCACUCACAGGCUUGCCACCUUUAAAAAAAAAAAAAAAAAAACAGAAGAAAGUUAAUUCGUAUUUUUAAACAUCCUUGUUGCAUUCUUUGUUUUUUGUUUUUUUGCUCACCCCCACAAAUAGAUUGCACUUCUGUGGGAAACACUGAUUUAAAUGCAUAACUUUGCACCACAGUGGAAAAUCCAAAUCUAAUUUAGUCAUGACUAACUAUUUAAAAUAAGAAAAGUACAUGCAACAAAUGUUAAAAAGACUAGUAACUGCAUGAACAGCAACACUUUCCACAAAUGUGGGCGACAUGCCUUUCCAAAAUAUUAUACAUUAUACAUUAUAUUGGUUCUUGGCCUGCAUGGUGUUAGAUGAUUUUCCGCAAAGUAGGAAUCGUUUAUCGUAAAUCCAAUAUAUUUUAUAGGUAGAGCAUAAAAAAACCUGUUAACAAACUCCCUAAUGUUUAUCAACAUUAUGAGAGCCACCUUUUAAUGACCUUUACACUCUUUCAAUCCUAUAUAAUAAUGCUGCCUGAGGCUGAGCAAAUCAGUUUCAAAGAUAAUGAGCAGCCCACUCUGAUUGGUUUUGGUCUGUGGCAAAUAAAUGUUAAUCAAGAUUAUUCAAUGCUUGAAAAUGCUUACUUUAGGCUAAAAAAAAAAAAAGCAUUAGAGUGAACCCGCAAACUUUGAAUUACAUGUGGUGAGGAACAAAUGGAUCAUUACAACAAAGGGGGAGGAGAGAGUCCCCACAUCUACGGUCCCCUCCAAGGUUUCUAAUUGUCAUCCCAUUGGGUUGAGUUUUUUCUUGCCCUGAUGUGGGAUCUGAGCCGAGGAAUUUGUUGUGGCUUGUGCAGCCCUUUGAGACACUCAUGAUUUAGGGCUAUAUGAGUAAACUUUGAUUGAUGAUUGACUAUCAUUAUGGAUAAUUAUGAUUACAAAAAAAUAGCUUACAUGUAAACUUUUCAAUAGUUUUGUUAUAAAUGCAAGGCAGUACAUUUUGUAUGAACUACUAAAUGUUCUGAAAUGGAAUAGCAGAGUAGACGAAGCAAUUUGAUAGCAAGUAAAUACAAAAUCAGUAUUGCAGAUACUUUUUAUAGUGUAUUACUGACUUGUAUACUCUGACUAUUGAAUGAUUUUGGAAUUUGCAUUAUUUCUUUUCCAUCAUGAAUUUAAUGUACAUAUUUAGACAACCUUCAUUUUGAACAAUAUUUAAAUCCAGCAAUAUUAGCCCCCUCCGUCAAAUGACGUGUUUUUUUUAAGAUAAACAGAAAAGACCUCCGGUAUCGAUACCAUCGAUAUUUGAAUCGUUCCACCCAUCCCUAGUAGGAGUAGAAUUGUUAUUUAGUCAUCCAUCUGGGUAAUAUCAAACACCUUUAUAGAUUUACACCUAUCAUGUUUCAGACCUGUCCAAAAUAAUCAUGUCUUCUCCUUGGUUACUUCGACUCUCCUAGUUAGAACUCUUCCAUGCAGCCUUGCUUACUGCUGUCUUUUCUCUUCACCGGAUUCCAUGUACGUCUUGUCAGAUGGAAAAUGAACAGAAUCUUAAAAUGAUCGUAUUUUGAGGACAAUUAUCAUACAUACCCAAUUUGAUGUUAUUCAAGAUCAUCCGCUUCAGUGAAACAUUAGUGCAUUAUUGUAGGUCUGGCAACGCAGAUCCCACAUUUCUCUCAUUUAUCUACUUCCUUUCACCUUCUGGGUCAGCCCCUUUCCAGCAAGUCUCAACCUAUACAUAUUUCUGUUUUAAGAAUGAUUGGAAAAUAAAGAAGUCCUCCUCAGCCUUCCCGGUAAGGUUUAUUCAGGUGUACUGGAGAGGAGGCUACGCCGGAUAGUCGAACCUCGGAUUCAGGAGGAACAGUGUGGUUUUCGUCCUGGUCGUGGAACUGUGGACCAGCUCUAUACUCUCGGCAGGGUUCUUGAGGGUGCAUGGGAGUUUUCCCAACCAGUCUACAUGUGCUUUGUGGACUUGGAGAAGGCAUUCGACCGUGUCCCCCGGGAAGUCCUGUGGGGAGUGUUCAGAGGGUAUGGGGUAUCGGACAGUCUGAUUGUGGCGGUCCGCUCCCUGUACGAUCAGUGUCAGAGCUUGGUCCGCAUUGCCGGCAGUAAGUCGGACACGUUUCCAGUGAGGGUUGGACUCCGCCAAGGCUGCCCUUUCUCACAGAUUCUGUUCAUAACUUUUAUGGACAGAAUUUCUAGGCGCAGUCAAGGCGUUGAGGGGUUCCGGUUUGGUGGCCGCGGGAUUAGGUCUCUGCUUUUUGCAGAUGAUGUGGUUCUGAUGGCUUCAUCUGGCCGGGAUCUUCAGCUCUCGCUGGAUCGGUUCGCAGCCGAGUGUGAAGCGACCGGAAUGAGAAUCAGCACCUCCAAAUCCGAGUCCAUGGUUCUCUCCCGGAAAAGGGUGGAGUGCCAUCUCCGGGUUGGGGUGGAGACCCUGUCCCAAAUGGAGGAGUUCAAGUACCUAGGAGUCUUGUUCACGAGUGGGGGAAGAGUGGAUCGUGAGAUCGACAGGCGGAUCGGUGCUGCGUCUUCAGUAAUGCGGACGUUGUACCAAUCCGUUGUGGUGAAGAUGGAGCUGAGCCAGAAGGCAAAACUUUCAAUUUACCGGUCGAUCUACGUUCCCAUCCUCACCUUUGGUCAUGAGCUUUGGGUCAUGACCGAAAGGACAAGAUCACGGGUACAAGCGGCCGAAAUGAGUUUUCUCCGCCGUGUGGCGGGGCUCUCCCUUAGAGAUAGGGUGAGAAGCUCUGCUAUCCGGGAGGAACUCAAAGUAAAGCCGCUGCUCCUCCACAUCGAGAGGACCCAGAUGAGGUGGUUGGGGCAUCUGGUCAGGAUGCCACCUGAACGCCUCCCUAGGGAGGUGUUUAUGGCACGUCCACCCGGUAGGAGGCCACCGGGAAGACCCAGGACACGUUGGGAAGAAAAUGUCUCCCGGCUGGCCUGGGAACGCCUCGGGAUCCCCCGGGAAGAGCUAGACGAAGUGGCUGGGGAGAGGGAAGUCUGGGCUUCUCUGCUUAGGCUGUUGCCCCCGCGACCCGACCUCGGAUAAGCGGAAGAAGAUGGAUGGAUGGAUGGAUGGAUGGGGAAAAAAAGUCAAUGCAAUACCUAUAUAAAACUUCCUUGUUGUAGAUGUGGAACUAAUUAAUUUUUGAUUUUCCAUGCAGUUGUUCACUUUCAAACAAUAUCUAAACUAGCAAAAACAACAGUAAGCAAAGAUGAUUGCUUCCAUAAAAGUGAUUUAAUUUGACUAGCCAAGAAAAAAGUUAAAUGGUAAAACAUUUAAUUUACAGUAUACAGCAUAGUGGCACCACAAUUUCCGUAUGUUACACUUUUUGAACGAUUUGGUUUUCUAUAAAAAUCCAAGCCAAAAUGUUAGUGUUUAUUUUUCAAUUUUCCUAUACCGUCUUGGUUUUGGAACGGGUAAUACUCUAGUUCAGUGUUUUUCAAACUUUUUUGAGCCAAGGCACAUUUUUUUAAUUGAAAAAAUGCGCAAGCACAUCACCAGCAGAAAACAUUAAAUAUUUAACUCAGCAGCCGAUAUUGACAGUAAAAAGAUGUUCUCGCAAGGAUUGGAUAUGAAUUCAAAACAUAACUUAACAUGCAUCUCUAUACCUCUUGUCUCAAAGUACUGUCACGAGCUGUCACAUCACGCUGCAACCUAUUUAGAGUUUUUUGGUUUGUAUUUUCCUGUGUAGUGUUUUAGUUCUUGUCUUUGGGUGGCUUUUCCUGUUUUGUUGGUAUUUUCCCGUAGCAGUUUCAUUUCUUUCCUGAGCGCUAUUCCCCAAACCUGCUUUGUUUUAGCAAUCAAGAAUAUUUAAAUUGUUGCUAUCCUCCUUCAUGGAGACAUUGUUGAUUGUCAUGUCAUGUUUGGAUGUACUUUAUGGACGCCUUCUCUGCUCCACACGCUGUUUUUGUUUGCUUUUGAGCCAGUUCAGUUUUAAUUUCAUUCAUACCCAAGCUUCAAUGCCUUUUGUUAGCGGCACCCGCCUUCUGUAUAUAUUUGGUUUAAGCAUCGUCUGCAUAUUGUGAUCACGACAAAGCAAUUAGCUACCAAUCCAAUCAAUCCAAUACCCUUUAUUUAUAUAGCACAUUUAAAUAACAAGAACGUUUCCAAAGUGCUGCACAGCCAUGUUAAAAUCAAUAUUAAAAAACAAUAUUAUGCUCCACCAAUGACUGAAUAAAAACAAAAAAUAAAUAAAUAUAAAACCAAUGUAAAAACAAUAUAAAAAUAAAUAUAAUUAAAAACAAUUUUAAAGGGUAAAAUCAAUUGACACAGUAAAAUAGAAAUCAAAAAGUAUAAAAACACAGAGGACAACAGAGGACAGAGGACCACACAACUCACGUAGUGUUAAAAGCCAAAGAAUAAAAGUGGGUCUUAAGACGAGACUUAAAACACUCCACUGCGGAAGCAGUUUGAACAUGGAGGGGCAGAGUGUUCCAGAGCUUACCUGCUGCCACCUACUGAUAUGGAAGAGUAUUACAAGGUUACUCUGCCAAUCUCUAGACAGCACAGACACUCAACAACAGCACAUUAUUUGCAGAUUGUAAUUACUGGUUUGCAAAAAAUAUUUUUAACCCAAUUAGGUGAAAAGACAAAAUCCCACGGCACACCAGUUGGUAUCUCACGGCACACCAGUGUGUCGCUGCGCAGUGGUUGAAAAACACUCUAGUUGGCUGCAAAAUAAGCCACCACGACCUUGAAAAAUGUUGUGAGUUCUGGCACUCUGAUAAACAAGUUGAGAAACACUAUUGAAUCACAAAGUAUGAAGGUGGCAUUCCCCCUCAUACCUCUGACCCCAUCAACAAAAAGUGGCUUCAAUAAAGGUAAACAUGAUAUUAAACAAUCGUUUGUCCAUUUUAAUAAUCAUCAAUGUGUGUUUUGGAUUGUUGUCCGCAUAUAAAACUAAUUAUUCUCUAUUAGACGUGUUAAUAUUUUUGGGUGUCGAAUUGAUUGACUUUGAUAAUUUACAUUAUUUCUGAUGGAAAAAGUUGCUUCAGUUUUUAUACGAUCCAGUGCCCCUUUAUUAUUGUAUAUGCAAUAUGUGAUACUAAAAAUUCCAAAAAAUAUCACAUAAGAUGCACAAUGUUGUUUGUAGCUUGUUUUAUUCCAAUGCUUUUAAUGGUGUGCUGACAGAUUCCUUUCCGACAGAUACCACUUAAAGGGGGAACUCCACUUUUUGUUGAAUUUUUCCUAUCGUUCACAAUCAUUAUGAGGGACAAGAAGACAAAAUGUAAAAAAAGGCUGGUUUUAGGUGGCUAGCAAUGCUGCUAAUGGGAGCAAUCAAGUCUACCUCUAAAUCACUUUAAAAAUGCAUUCAAAAACCGUCAACAAUACUUAAUUUAAGUUCCGUAACCUAAAAAAUAACCAAACUGUACCGACAUUGUUUUUUUAAGAGUGAUCACUGAAGAACUCUUUUUCAAUCGUAGUAACAACAUUGGUGUGCUUCGGUAUAAGCCGUAAAAGCUAACUAUGGCAGGAGAUCAGCCAGCUUCUACGUUAGCGUGGAACGCAUUUGAGUUUGUAAUGCACAAACUGCGAAAAAAAACACUAAUCAGUACUGACUGAAAAACAUCAACAAUCAUAUUACAGAGUCUAUAAAGUGUUAGCCCACAUUUCAUGUUUUGUUUGUACAAAGCUGAGCUAGCCAAAGACAGUAUGAAGUGUAGCUGUAAUAACACGCGUGACGUCACGUGCUGCGUGUAUCAUGAUCGCUAUUAAAGUGACUAAGAAUUAGUUCAUCCUCAGUAUAUUCAGCUUAAAAAAUAUAAGGUGGUGAUUCUUCAUUUGUCCAAAAAUAAUUGUCUUUGUUUUCUGUUACCAAGUCUGCCAUGAUUUGAACACACACUCGUGUGAGUUAAAAAGUAGAAACACAAGUUGUUACCAGAAGUCAGACAUGUGCUGCCAUGGAAACAGAAAUCAAUGCGCGGAAGAAAUAAAUCCCGGAAAUGAUUAAAAUACGGUAAAUAUUAAACAUAUUACGUAAUGUUAUGAACAUGUCUGUUACUACAUUAUAUAUGGACUUGCGGUGUGUAAAUAAAAUGUUACUACACAAUUUUUAAGUUGUUUUAGAGGGCUUUGAAGGCUAAAACUGUGACUCCCAUUAGCCGCAUCUUUUAAGCAUCAUUAAAAUCUUGAAAAAAAGACACGUGUGGUCUUGUCUUUUAUAAUGAUUGUGAACGAUAGAGAAAAUUCCAAAAUGAGUUAAUUUACCUUUCAAUAUAUCCUUUUUCCUGCACUUACAUUGUAGCUCUUUGGAAAUAAAA